AUGGAGAGUUUCGAAAGUUGUUUGAUGAGAGCGGCAGCGACGAAAAAGCCGGAGGAAAUUCGAAACGUUUGCCUAAUUGCUCACGUUGAUCACGGAAAAACGAGUUUUGCUGACUCGCUGGUGUCAGCAAAUGCGGUGAUUUCAAGCCGAAUGGCUGGCAAAUUGCGCUAUAUGGAUAGUCGAGAAGAUGAGCAAACGCGCGGGAUCACGAUGAAAUCGAGUGGAAUCUCGCUGCUCUGCGAGCCGCUUUUAAUCAAUUUAAUUGAUAGUCCAGGGCAUGUCGAUUUUGCUGGAGAGGUCACAUCGGCUCUAGUUCUCUCCGAUAUUGCCGUCCUUUUGAUCGACGUGAUCGAAGGAAUCUGCUCACAAACCAAAGCUCUCAUCCGCCAAGUUAUUCGAAACGGCCAAUCGAUGAUUCUAGUCAUUAAUAAAAUUGAUAGGUUACGUAUUGAAUUGAAAAUGUCGGCAGACGAAGCGUAUUCAAGAAUUUGUCGCCUAAUCGAAGGCACCAAUAGUUGUAUUAGCCAGGUCUUGGGUGGAAUUGUGCUCGAAGAUGACACUUGGGGAGACAUUGAGGAAGCCGAGAGGAAGUAUCAUUUUGAUCCUGUCAAAGGGAAUGUUAUAUUUGCAUCGGCUUUACAUUCGUACGCGUUCGGUGUUGAGGAUUUCGCCGAGAUUUACUCGUCUAAGCUGAAAAUUGCAAAAAACGAAUUAGAGAAAUCCAUGUUUGGAGAUUAUUUCUUCGCCGCUGGAGUGGUUAAAGAGGGAGCUUCAGCAAAAGGCCGAAAAACGAUAUUUGAGCAAUUCGUUUUGGAGCCGCUUUGGAUGUUGCAUGAUUAUGGACUCGUUGCGAAUGAUUUGGAAAAAUUCACGGCGUUGACAGAAAAAUUGGGAAUCAAAGUGCGAUCUAGACGAGCUAAUGAAGCUUUUGAUGAAGCGAUGCGACAAUGGAUGCCGCUUCCGAAGGCGACAUUCCGCGCGGUUGCGAGAUCUCCAAACGCGAAAUCGACGUUCGGUGUAGAUCAUCGGAUCAAUCAUGUUACUGGCAAUCGAAAAGAUCAUCCUCUUCGGAAUUUAAUAUUGAAAUGUGAUCCGCAAGAAACGACUGUUGUAUUCGUGGUGAAGCUUUUGAAAAAUGAUGAUUCUGAAUCGAGACGAGCGAUUUGUCGAAUUCUCAGCGGGACUCUGCGAAAGGGCGAUAAAGUAUUCGUGCUUCAGCAGGCGGGAAUUAGGCCAAAAGAUUCUGGAGAUUAUAGCGACGACGAAAUGACGAGCACCAUUAUUCGUCGUGUGUCGAUUCUUCGCGGUCGAGAUGUGAUUCCUGUUGAAGCCGUGACGAGCGGAAUGGUGUGCGCGAUUGAUGCUGAAUGGCUUUUGCAAAACACCACAUUAUGCUCUGACGCGAACUAUCCGAGCUUAAAGAUUGGAUCUGAUGUUGGAGAAGCUUUGGUUCGAGUGUCGAUCAGUACGAAACAAUUGGAAGACAUGGAUGAGUUGAGGGAGAAGCUCAAAUUGUUGGCGUUGCUUGACACAAGCGUUAGAGUGAUGGAACUUGAGACCGGAGAGCUUGCCAUGGUCACCGCUGGAGAAGUGCACCUCCAGAAGUGCAUCAAGGAUCUUAACGAUCUUGGAUUGGUUGACAUUGAUGUCUCGCCGCCGAUUGUUCCGUUCAUGGAGACGGUUGUGGCCGAUGCGGCACUGUCUGGACCGCAAAUCGCCGAACAGGAAACCGAAUGCCGAAUUCGCCAAGACGCCCUUCAUAUCCGUCUACGUGUUGUUGCGCUGGAUCGCGACGUGAUUGAGAUUCUGGAAAAGAAUGGCUCGCUGAUAUCGUCGAUGAGACGCGGCGAGGCGGAUGCUCGCGAUGUUGGCGAGUUUCAGACGAAGUUGACAGCGGUGUGCUGCGAAAAGUUGCCGGCGUUAAAAGGAUCGUGGUGGUAUAAGAAGUCGAAGGAGUCAAUUCAAACGCUCGUCGAACGGAUAUGGGCGUUCGGACCGGAUCGUGCUCGUUCGAACAUCCUUUUCAACAAUAUCGAAAGCUACGAUAGGACUCCAGUAUGGAACAAAACCGAGUUGUCCUCGUCACAUAUCCGCCGACACGAUCAAGCAAUUAAUGCCGGAUUCGAUUUGUUCUGCACCAGCGGACCAUUGUGCCACGAGACAAUGCAUGGUGUGGCCGUGGUCGUUGAGGAGUGGACCGUCGACGAGGAGGACUCGGCGAUUGGCGGCCAAAUGAUGUCGGCGAUGCGGGCGACGUGCGCGGCAGCCGCGCAAAAAGGAGCCCUUCGACUUGUGGCGGCGAUGUACAAAUGCACGGUGACGACGGCUAGCCAAGCGCUGGGAAGCGUCCACGCGGUGUUGUCUCAAAAGAAGGCCAAGGUGAUCGCUGAGGACAUCAAUGAAGCCACCGGUCUGUUUGAAGUCGUCGCAUUGAUGCCGGUAGUCGAAUCAUUCUCAUUUUGCGAUCAGCUGAGAACUGGAACGUCUGGAAUGGCUUCCGCUCAGCUGCACUUCUCGCAUUGGCAAGUCAUCGAUGAGGAUCCUUAUUGGACACCAUCGACACUCGAAGAAAUUGAAGUGUUUGGGCUCAAGGGAGACAGUCCGAAUCAUGCUCGAGGCUACAUGGAUGCAGUGCGUCGGAGAAAAGGACUGCCAACUGAGGACUUGAUUGUUGUUUCUGCGGAGAAACAAAGAAAUUUGAAAAAGAAUAAGUGA